GGAGCAGCUGGUGGUUAUCACCUGGUUAUGCGACCACUGAUGUGGGGCAGGCAAUCUCUCAGGAGAAUUGAUAAUGGAUGGGGGUCACCCAUCUUGUAAAGACGCUGCCCAGAAGAAGGCAAUGGCAAACUACUUCUGUAGAAAAAUUUGUCAAGAACCAUCAUCAUGAUGAAACCAUGAUCACCUACAUCAUAUGACACAACUCAUAAUGAUGAUUCAUCCAACACAGUGGAGCGAUGAACAAAAAUCCGAAUUGAACCGGUUACUAUGGCAGCGAAGGCCAGAAUCCACCAAUAAAAGGCGACUUUUCAGUGAGGGACAGCUGAAAAGGAGCUGUGUCCUACAUAAGUGUCCAGUAAUCCAGAUGUAUUCUGAGAGAGGUUUAACACUAUAUGGGCUCCGUUGAGACAAUGCUGUACAGAAACCGUCCGAGUGGUGCGAGAUGUCUUCUUCCCUUUGCAACUUUGGUUUUAUGGAGUGCCAUUGCCAGAGGAGCCCAGAAAAUAGAUCUAAACACUGAAAAUGCCAUUGCAACAAUCAACCAUUCUUCAAUCCUUAUUGAUCACCUUCAGGGCCUCCUGCACAAUUCCAACUCGAGUGAUAUCACACUGAAGGUCUACACAGGGAAUUCGGAUGAAGUCAAAGUGUUUCACACCCACCACCUUCUCCUUGUCCUUCAGAGUGAUGUCUUUGAGGAUCUCUUGCUGAAUCGAAGUGUUACCACACUCAUUCUACAUGAAACAUCUGAAUGUGCUGUCCUUUUUGAGAACUUACUCAGGUACUUGUACAGUGGUGAAAUCACAAUCCUUUUGAAUCAAGUUAUCCCACUGCAUAAACUAGCCACCAAGUACCACAUUACAGCCUUGCAGCAUGGUAUUCUUGAAUACAUGAGCCAACACCUUGCCAGUGCCUUGCCCCGAGGCCAUGUGGUCAGUUGGUAUCAUUACUCACUCAAAAUAGGUAAUGAAGACCUACAGGAGAGGUGCAAGCGGUUUCUGGCUUGGAACAUGUCCAGCGUCAUUCACAGCCAAGAGUGGCAAACCAUCAGUGACGAUCUGAUGGUCGCCCUGCUUCAACGCUCCGAUCUGGUUGUGGAAAGCGAACUGGAGAUUUAUUAUGCAGUUGAGGAGUGGAUAAAGAAGAACCACCCCGACAUCACAGUAACAGAGACUGUCCUCAAGUCAAUCCGUUACGCCAUGAUCAGCCCGCAGCACUUGUUCCACAUUCAGAAGGAAUCACCCAUCAUGAAUGAGUUUUACAGUUUAGUCCACAACUUACUUUUCCUCACUUUCCAGUUUCAUUCCACCACACCUCUUGUGUUUGCCAAAUAUUUUGAUGUCAACUGUAGCCUCUUUAUACCAAGGAAUUAUCUGUCUAGUUCCUGGGGUUCCCCAUGGGUGAUCAAUAACCCUGCCCGAGAUGAUCGUAGCACCAGCUUCCAAACCCAGCUGACACCCAGUAGCUCUGACAGUGGCAGGAAAGUGACCUGGAAUGCCCUCUUCUCACCGAGGUGGUUGCCCAUCAGCUUCAGGCCCUCAUAUUCAUCGCCAGCGAAUGGAGCAGUACAGGCUUACAGCCCUGAAGAUGGGAGGCCGCGGAUCGUAAUCAACCCAGCUACUAACAGCGUCAACUUCGCAGGAGUCAGCUUCCAGAAGACUAUCUUGGUGAGGGUGAAGCAAGAAGGGAGGUCCUAUGUGAAGCAUGUGUAUAACUUCCACCAAAGCACUGAAGAAACUGGUGACUUCCUCGUCCGGGCCGAUCUCCAAAAACGCUCUUCAGAAUACUUGAUUGACAAUUCCCUUCACCUCCACAUCAUCAUUAAACCCAUUUACCAGUCGCUGAUUAAAGCAAUAAAGUGAUUUCGUUCAGAGGAUGACGUUCAUCCAAAAACAGUCUCAGUAAAUAAAGUCCAGUACGUGCAGAAAAUAGGAAACCCUUAUUGCUUAAUAUACACUGCCUAUACAAAGCAUUCAACCCCUCCCCCCUAGAAGUUUUCACCUUUUGCAGGAAUUACAGCUCAAUUCUGUGGAUAGGUCUCUGUCAGCUUUGCACAUCUGGACACUGCAAUUUUUUUCCUUUCGUCUUUACAAAGCUGCUCAAGCUGUGUCUGAUUGCAUGGGAAUCAUGAGUAAACAGCCCUUUUCAAGCCCAGCCACAAAUUCUCACUUAGUCUCUCCAGGACAUUAACUUUGUUGUUUUUCAGCCAUUCCUGUGUGGCUUUGGCUUUAUGCUUGGGGUCAUUGUCUUGCUGGAAAACAAAUCUUCUCCCAAUUCGCUGUUCCCUUGCAGACUGCAUCAGGUUUUCAUCCAGGAUUUCCCUGUAAUUUGCUGCAUUUUACCCUCUACCUUCACAAGCCUUCCAGAGCCUGCUGCAGUUAAGCAACCCGAGAGCAUGAUGCAGCCGCCACUAUGCUUUAUGGUACGGGUGUUUUUUGAUGAUGUAUGGUGUUUGGCUUACGCCAAAUAUGGCAUUGAGUCUGAUGGCCAAAAAGCUCAAUUUUGGUUUCUACAGAUCAUAGAACCUUCUUCUAGUUGACGUCAGAGUUUCCCACAUGCCUCCUGGAAAACUCUAGCCAAGAGUUCAUUUGAGCUUUUUUCAACAGUGGCUUUCACUUUGCCACUCUCCCACAAAGCUGCAACUAGUGAAGCACCCAAGCAAUAGUUGUAUGCGCAGUCUCUCCCAUCUCAGCCAUUGAAGCUUGUAACUCCUCCAGAGUUGACAUAGGUCUCAUGGUGGCGGCCUCCCUCACUAGUCCCCUUCUUGCAUGGUCACUCAGUUUUUGAGGAUGACUUGCUCAAGGCAGAUUUACAGUUUUGCCAUAUUCUUUCCAUUUCUUGAUGAUUGACUUAACUGUAAUCCAAGAGAUAUUCAGUGACUUGAAAAUUUUCUUGUAUCCAUCUCCUGACUUGUGCUUUUCAAUAACCUUUUCACAGAGUUGCUUGGAGUGUUCCUUUAUCUUCAUGGUGUAGUUUUUGCCAGGAUACUGACUCACCAGCAGUCAGACCUUCCAGAUACAGGUGUAUUUUUGCUAUAAUCAAUUGAAACACUUUGACUGAACACAGAUCUCCAAAAACAGAUCUCCAUUUAACUAAUUACGUGACUUCUAAAACCAAUUGGCUGCACCAGUGAUGAUUUGAUGUGUCAUAUUAAAGGUGGUGAAUAUUUAUGCAAUCAAUUAUUUUGUGUUAUAUAUUUGAUAUUUGUAAUUAAUUUAGAUCACACUGUAGAGAUCUGUUUUCAUAUUGACAUGAAAGAGUCUUUUCAGUGUCAAAAAAAAAUUAAAUCAGCUGUGAUUCAAUGCUGUAAAACGAUAAAGCAUGAAAACUUCUGAAGGGUUGAAUACUUUUUAUAGGCACUUUAUACACUUUAGUAUAAAAGACUCUGUCCCUCUUCGAUGGUUGACUUUCCAAAUAUCCAUAAUUGAUUGUACAUUUUUAGUAUUGAUGUACAAUCUCAUCUACCC